AUGUCAACAACUUUAAAAGUUCGACUUCCGGCUGAGAAUCAACAGGAAGUUGUGGAAGUACUGAAUUUGAAGAAACAUUUCUUUGAUGGGAUAAACUGUUCGAUAACAGUUGAUAGUGCGAGGAAGUAUCUUUUGGUUAGCAGCCAUGAUGAAGACGUCGUCAGAAAUAUUGCAUACACACUGACGCAGCAGAUAAAAUGGAUCGUAACAUCAAAAGUUAAAUCAGUAUACCGAGAUUUUUUGCAAAAAUUUGUCCGAAAAGAUUGCCACGGCGAAUGGUUUAAAAGACUCGCGAAGGAAAAUGGCUUUGUAAACGUUCGUUUGGUUGAAAAUGGCAGAGAUGAUGGUGACGGUUGUUUGUAUCUCAUAGCUCUCACGAGGGAGAAAAUUGAUCUGUUUGAAAGAUGGUUGGAUAAAGAACGCCUAACCUUCCUACAUACGCACAACAAAGAAGCCGCGGACAAUCUGACAAAAUAUCUCUCCUUUAUGCAAUCAACACACUACGUAACGUUCAAAAUGGAAGAUGAAUAUUUAGAAUUAAGUGGCUUCGUACCAGAUUUAAACUCCAUAGUCUCCCUUGUGAAAGAGAAGCGCAAGCAUUUGAAUGAGAACAUUAUCCACAGAAAGUUGUCGCAACUUCAGUACAAAUUUUUAUCCACUUUCAACUGUCUCCAAGAAACUUCUAGUUGUUUGGUUAGUAAUUCUACAGUGUGUUCAUUCAACGACUGUGAAUACUUGACGAACUUCCUGAGGAAAAACCUUUCCAAGACUUUUGAAAUUGACGAUUAUCUUGUCAGUGCGUGGGUAGAAGCUGAUGAAGACGGGAAUGAAGCACGUUCAUUUGGAGAUCUCGUCAAAGAAUGUAGAUGUGUAUAUUCAAUUAUUUCCAAAAACACGAACAAACCAAAUGGGGAAAAGCCCCAAAACACGGCAUGCCAACAAAGUUUGAAUUGUCCCCAGACUAUGGAAGACCAACGCAAGACUCAAUCUGUGAUGAGUCAACAAAACAUGAAACAUUCCCAGACUAUGGAAGACAGAAAAAAUGAGUCAGAGUCUCAACCCAUGGCAAGCAAACAACGUCUUAGCAUGUGGUUUAAUUUCUUAUCUCCAUGUCUUAUCGGGGUCCACCGCCAAAAUAUGGCAAAACUUUCGCUUUUGAGCGAUUCUCUUCAAAAUAUUUUUCUUUGCUUAGAAGAGAUAAAAAAACAUGUUAAUCAGAACUACGUCAAAUUUAUUAUAAAAACAGAACUUUUUUAUAAUUUGUAUGCUCUAACUUCAUUACUGACAGUCGAUAGUUAUAAGAUAAUCAUCGAUAAAAUUACAUUCGAUGUUGCCAUCUACCUCCAUCCUGAAAACUCAGCAAAAGUUAGUCAGCUGAUAAUUAAUUUCUUUAACGAGACCUACUCAUCCGCAGAAAAUUCUCUUGAAAAUGAACUCAAAUAUAUCAAUGACUAUAAACAUCACUGCUACAACAUACGAACGAUUGUAAUGGGAAUCAAAUUCAAAAAACAAAGUUUGAAAAACGAAUUCUCCAGUACACAGGAAGAGAAAGAGAAGACUCAAACAACGCAUGACUACCCCAUGGAUAUAUCCAUGGGCUACCCGGAAGAAACACACUUUGAUCUCAAAAAAUUCGUCAUCCACAAUGAUAGCGAUUACGAACCAGCGGCCAAGUUUCCAAAAGUUGAGUCAAGUAACUCCUGUUGUUCGCCAUCGUGGACCGGUUAA